GGGGCAUGGGAGGGGCAGCCCCGCUGCUGUUGCUGCUGCUGCUGCUGGACGGACCAGGGCAGGGGGCAGCCUGGAGAGCCCCGAAGAGCAAGUGUUCCCCCAGCUGUUCCUGCUCCAAAGACAGCGCGCUGUGCGAGGGCUCCCCGGAGCUGCCCAGGAGCCUCCCUCCCACACUACUAUCCCUCUCACUCGUCAGGACCGGACUCACCCAACUGAAGGCCGGAAGCUUCCUGAAGGUGCCAUCUCUGCACCUGCUCCUCUUCACCUCCAACUCCUUCUCUGUGAUUGAGGAUGAUGCGUUUGCAGGCCUGUCGCACCUGCAGUAUCUUUUCAUCGAGGACAACAAGAUUGGCUCCAUCUCUAAGAACGCCCUCCGAGGACUCCGCUCGCUCACACACCUAAGCCUGGCCAAUAACCACCUGGAAGCUCUGCCCAGGUUCCUGUUCCGAGGCCUGGACACCCUGACUCAUGUGGACCUCCGCGGGAACCCGUUCCAGUGCGACUGUCGUGUCCUCUGGCUGCUGCAAUGGCUGCCCACUGUGAAUGCCAGCGUGGGCACUGGGGCCUGCGCAGGCCCCACAGCCUUGGCCCACAUGCAGCUCCAUCAGUUGGACCCAAAGACCUUCAAGUGCAGAGCCACAGAGCUGUCCUGGUUCCAGACAGUCCGGGAGUCGGCACUGGGCGUGGAGCCCUUCUCCUACCAGGGGGAGCCCCAUGUCAUCCUGGCUCAGCCCUUUGUUGGCCGCUGCCUGAUCCUCGCCUGGGACUACAGCCUGCAGCGCUUCCAGCCCAAGGAAGAGCUGGCAGCACCUUCGGUGGUAGCCUGCAAACCGCUGGUGCUGGGCCCUCGCCUCUUUGUGCUGGCCGCCCGCCUGUGGGGUGGCUCCCAGCUGUGGGAGCGGUCCCGCCCAGACCUGCGCCUGACCCUGACCCAGGCCCUGGCCCCACGGAGGCUGCUGCGGCCCAACGACGCCGAACUCCUAUGGCUGGAAGGGGACCCCUGCUUCGUGGUGGCUGAUGCCUCCAAGGCGGGCAGCACUACCUUGCUAUGCCGAGACGGGCCCGGCUUCUACCCGCGCCAGAGCCUGCAUGCCUGGCACCGGGACACGGAUGCUGAGGCCCUGGAACUGGACGGACGGCCCCACCUGCUGCUGGCCUCGGCCUCACAGCGGCCCGUGCUCUUCCACUGGCUCGGGGGCCGCUUUGAGAGGCGCACGGACAUCCCCGAAGCCGAAGACGUUUAUGCCACGCGCCACUUCCAGGCCAGCGGAGACGUCUUCCUGUGCCUUACCCGCUACAUCGGGGACUCCAUGGUCAUGCGCUGGGACGGCUCCAUGUUCCGCCUGUUGCAGCAGCUCCCCUCGCGAGGAGCUCACGUCUUCCAGCCGCUGCUCAUCGCCAGGGACCAGCUGGCCAUCCUGGGCAGCGACUUCGCCUUCAGUCAGGUCUUGCGUCUGGACUCUGACAAGGGGCUUCUGGAGCCGUUGCAGGAGCUGGGGCCUCCGGCCUUGGUGGCCCCUCGGGCCUUCGCCCACAUCGCCGUGGCUGGCAGACGCUUCCUGUUCGCGGCUUGCUUCAAGGGCCCCACGCAGGUCUACCAGCACCGCGAGUUAGACCUCAGCGCCUAA